AUGACAAGUACAGACAGAAAAUAUUGGCUUAUGAAAGCCGAGCCAGAUUCGCGUGUAGUGAAGGGCAAAGAUGUCAAGUUCAGUGUGGAUGAUUUUGAAGCUGCAAGGGCGACGCCGUGGGAAGGGGUGCGGAACUUCGAAGCACGUAACUUGAUGAAGGAAAUGUCCAUUGGAGACAAGAUAUUAUUCUAUCAUUCCAAUUGUAAAAGCCCUGGCAUCGCUGGGUUUGCUGAGGUGUCGAAGGAAGCGUAUCCCGAUUACACGGCAUGGGAUAGCUCUCACCCCUACUUCGAUCCGAAAACUAAACAAGAUGAUCCGAAGUGGUUUAUGAUAGAUGCUACAUUCCUAUCUCGCGCUGAACAUUUUGUCCCGCUGUCUCUUCUCCGUCACAUCGCAGAAUCGGCGAAAUCGGACCCACCAGAUGAAAUUGCGUAUAUAGGCACGGAUGGAAUGAAAGCUGUGAAAGCGAUGCCCCUUGUCACACGCGGACGUUUGAGCGUUCAACGGGUCAGUCAGGAAUGUUGGGGGAUCAUCCAGAUGAUGUCAGAAAAAGGUGGUUGGGAGGAAAUGACAUUCGGGAAGAAAAAACCGAGUACAUCAACACGCCCAAGACAGCCUGCCACAAAGAAUUCUAGGGCGAAAACAAAUUCAACGAACAACGACGGCGGUGGCAGCGAAGUUGAGGGGAAAGUCGAUGCGAGUGAAGAGCCCGACAUAAAACCAAAGAAAGGCAAGAAAAGGAAGGCAUCUGAUGUCGAUACUGGAACUCAGAAGGUCACGGUACCUCACCGACGCUCCGUUCGGACUAAGAAGGAGGAUUGA